AAAACUCCUUAGUUAUCCUUAGUUUUUUUAAUCAAAAAAUUCUUUCGAAAUGAUUAAAAUUGUUGGUAACCAGAGAAUUAAACAAAGCCGACACUUUUGACAUGUUGAACCCAUGGAUUCGGGGACUGAUUCGGUGGAAAGGAGUUCUCAACCCAUCGCGUCCUUACGGUAGCAAAAAGGAAUCGCCCCGGCCCAAUCGGGCGGAUAAGUCGACGCAGAAGCCCAUUCCGCCCGGACUUCUGAGGAGCAAGAAAUUCUACGGAUGCACCAUUGUCCUCGGCACCUUUUUCAGUGCUAUGCUGUGGGCAGUGUACGAGCUGGGGAAACCGGACGAGGACCAUCGGGGUCCACUCGAGGAUCAGUUCAGCCAACUGCCCUGGCUGCGACAGUACGUGUUGAGGAUGUGGCACUCACUGCAGUACUACCAGAAGAUGGUUGAAGAGCCGCUGCACGAGAAGCUCCUGCCCGAUGUCCUGCCGCCGCCGUACAUACAACCGCCCUACUCCCUCGUCGUGGAGAUCAAGGAUGUGCUGGUACAUCCGGACUGGACCUAUCAAACCGGCUGGCGGUUCAAGAAGCGUCCAGGCGUGGAUUACUUUCUGCAGCAGUGCAGCCGCAACUUUGAGAUCGUGGUCUAUACUUCAGAGCAGGGCAUGACGGCCUUUCCCUUGCUGGAUGCCCUCGAUCCCUACGGCUAUAUCAAGUACCGCCUUGUCCGGGGGGCCACUGAAGUGGUGGAGGGGCAGCACAUCAAGAACUUGGAUUAUCUGAACAGGGAUCUCAGCCGGGUGAUUGUGGUGGAUUGCGAUCCCAAUGCCACGCCCCUGCAUCCGGACAACAUAUUCCUGAUGACACAGUGGCUGGGGAAUGACGAUGAUGUCCAGCUUUUUGAUCUCACAGCCUUCCUUCAGCUGGUGGCCGAGCAUCAGGUGACGGAUGUGCGGGAGGUCCUUCAGUACUAUCGCCAGUUCGAUGAUCCCAUCGAGCAGUUCAAGGAUAACCAGCGACGACUACAAGAGCAGCACCAGGAGAACGAGGAUAGCAGGGUGAACAAUAGGAACCAGAGGCAGUGGACUCUCAGCCUGAUGGGACGCUCCUUUCGAAGCUCCUGAUGAACUGUUUACGCUUCGGUUUAGGCCACUUUAAAAAAAUAAGGCUAAAACAAUUGUCAUUGUGUGUGUGAAAAAUAUUUAAAAUAGUUAAUAAAUUUUAAAUAAAUUGUGUGUUUAAAA